UCCCUCUGGGGCGCAGGUUCAGCUGGCGAGGGCGACCUGAGGUCGGCGGGCUCCUUCCCAGGAGCCCCCGUCUCGGAGGCUCAGGACGCUCCGCGGCGCCCCCGGGUCAGCCGCCUCCUCUCCUCGCAGGACGGGACGGCGCCGCUGUGGAUCGCGUCCCAGAUGGGCCACAGCGAGGUGGUGCGCGUGAUGCUGCUGCGAGGGGCCGAGCGCGACGCCGCGCGCAAGGAUGGCACAACAGCAUUAUUGAAAGCAGCCAAUAAUGGGUAUAAUGAUGUUAUUGAGGAGUUGCUUAAAUUCUCACCUACUCUUGGUAUUUUGAAGAACGGGACGUCGGCACUCCAUGCGGCAGUGCUCAGUGGGAAUAUUAAAACAGUCGCACUGCUUCUGGAAGCAGGGGCGGACCCAUCCCUGAGAAACAAGGCCAAUGAACUUCCGGCAGAACUAACCAAAAAUGAACGUAUAUUGCGUCUCCUCCGAAGUAAAGAAGAUCCCAGGAAGAACUAAUUUAGGUCCAUAUUUGGCAGAAAGACAGAAGCCUUAUCCACGCUGUCCAAAAAGAAAUCUGUUUGAAAAUUGAGGUGGAAGGAUCAUUUGAACCCAGUAGGUGGAGGCUGCAGUGAUUGGAAAUUCUUUUAAGAAAGAAAAUGCCUGGAAUGCCCAUCCUGUGGGUCCCUCACAAGAAGAACUGUGCUCUUUCACUGGGUCCAGAACAACUCAGGGACCCUUUCCCCUUUACCAUGGGUUUCUCACUGCCCUGUAACUCAGCUCCAGGGAGCCUGGCAUGCUCUCGAAUUCCAGGAUUCCUCAGAAACUCAUUUUCAACUAUGCUAACUUGGGUCUCUCAGUCAAACUCUAAGAUGGACAGGGCAGGGUUCUCAGUACUAAGCAAGGAGACAGACAGCUUUGUUCCUUGGGGGAGUGAAUCCAUGUACUUCUACUUCUGUGUUAAAUGUAGGUGUGCUAUA